UCAGUUUUAUCUUUUCACUCACAGCUCAUCAGUGACUUUUGUCGUCUCUGGGACUCCAUACCUCCUGUAACGGAGAAGCAGUCGCUUGAACACCUUUCCUCCUGCGAGAUGCAUUAAUCCUUUUGUAUCAGAUCACACCAUGGCUGGCCCGUGUGUUGAGUAACCAUGGUGAUACACCCACCUGCAUAAAAGUCAGUUUCCGUGCACACAUCUUCCACUGUGUGAAACUGUAGUACGGAUUUUUGCCGGCAGCAGCAACAUCAGAAACAGCAACAACCAAUGCCUCUGAACUCAUCUGAUGACAACCGGACCAGCUCUGUGUUCACCUCCAAACUGACCCCUGCUGCUGACAUAUGUGUGGGACUGGCUAUACUCUCUGUCGUUCUGCUCUCUGUUCUGGGCAAUGGGCUGGUUCUGGUGAUCUGUUACCGCAGGAGGAAGAAGAUGGUGGACACUGAGCUGCUGUGUGUCAACCUGGCCGUGGUGGACUUCCUGGGCUGCAUCUGCUUCUACCCGCUCUCCAUUCUGUCGUCCUUCCACCACGCAUGGCUGGGAGAAAACAUCACCUGUGUUUACUACGGCCUCGGCUGCUACAUCUUCGGCCUGUGUGGCAUGUUCACCAUCACCGCCAUCAGCAUCAUCCGCUACCUGAAGACAUGCUACAGCUUGGUUUAUGCUGUGUGGCUGGAAGGAGCCAACAUCCGCUUAGCGUGCUGUGCCAUCUGGCUCGUGGCUGCGGUGUGGUCCAGCUUCCCUCUGUUCGGCUGGGGCGAGUACGUCCCUGAGCCCUACGGACUUUCCUGCACCAUCGCCUGGAGGGGUUAUCACACCUCAGCGAAGGACGCCUUCUACGUCAUCUGUUCCUUCGUCUGCUUCACACUGGUUCCUGUCUUGCUUAUUGUGGUGUCCCAGUGUCAGAUCCUCUACAAGGUGUCCCGCUUCUCCUACUCACUGUGUGCAAGAGGCAUCCGCAACAACCUGCGCCACACCGAGAAACGACUCUCCAUGGUGAGCUCAGUGAUGUUUUUCUGCAUCAGCCUGGGCUUUGUGAUUGCCUGGGCCCCGUACGCUGUUGUGUCCUUCCUCUUCAUUUUCCAUAACGAGAACUGGUACAUGGCUCCUGAGGGCUUUGUUUUCCCGGCUCUAUUUGCCAAAAGCUCCCAUGUCUACAACCCGUUCAUCUACUUCUACUUCAACAAGACUUUCCAGCGGGAGCUGUGCUGCCUUCUUCUUUCUUUAUGGCCAAAGCUGGGGGGGAAUCGAGUAGGUGUCCACAUCGCUACGGGCCACCAAGCCGCGUAUCCCAUCCACAUCCAGCUCCAGGAAAGAGGCUGCAUCCAAAAGACCUUUGGUUUGUCUCAGGACAGAACUCACAGGAAGAGCAAGAGCAAAGGCAAAGGCACGCACACCAGCAGCAACCGCGUCCACAGCAGGCCGGUGUACACCUGCUGGGGGUCUUCGCCCAAGAACGAUCCCAUCAUCUUGGACAAUAAACCUGCGAGAGACUCCCUGCCUGUCUCCAUAUGAACGUGGUUAACAGUGUUCAUGGAGGGAGAGGCAAUUCAUGAUUUUAAGGCAGUGUAGCUAAACUGUGGACAGCCAUCAACCAAAAAUUCUGGUCCUGAGUCGAUUCAUUGGAGACUCAGAAAUGAAUCAGGGUCUAUGUUGCUGAUUUUGUAAAUUAAUGAGUUUCUAUCUGGAUGCAUCUCUGGGAGAUUGAGCAGCAAACUCCAGCUCCCAGCAUGCAUCCUGUUAAAUCCUUUGAUCAUUUAUACUGUUCAUGAGUAACAAGCAGUAGCUGAAUAGGAAAGCCUUUCCUUUGUUAUCAUAACACUGCAAAACUCAAAGUUCAGUGUUACUGAAUAAUACACAUGCAAACACAGUUGUGCAUCAUUUUACACACUGCUGACAUGAAAACUAAGAGGGCUGAUUGUAAUUAUCUGUUACAUGAUCUGUGUUACAUGAUGUGUUUGUUAUAUGCAGACUUAGGGGGAUAUUUACUAAGCUUGUUGCAAAUUACCAUCAGGAGCACAUUUUGCAUCACUGCACUUUUGCAGGUUAGCAGGGUAAUUAGUUAGACAAGUGUAUGAGCCCAGGCACAGGUCAUCUCAAUUUGCAUGAAGUGCUGCUAAAUAAGACCUGAUGUCGGGUUGUUUUGACGUGUUUACGCAUGUCUGGAAAGGAGUGGAGCGUGAAACUAAAGUUUUCUGGUCCUGAACUUGGAAUAUUGGUUGAAGAAAAGACACUUUUGGGACUCCAAGUGUCCAUCAUCCUGCAAGAUGAAGACUGUAUUAAAUAGCCUGUUAUUAUCAGCUCAACAAAAAGAUGAGUGAUUGAAUGCUUUUUGGUAAAACUUUUAAAUGCCUUUGAUGAUCACUUCUAUAAACUGAUAAAAAAAAAGAAAAGUCAGUCUACUGUGCGGUUCACACUGGAGCUGCUAUGAGCCAUUAAAUGUCAGAAAAAAUAAGCAGGAGGAAAAUAUGGGAAGUAGAAAAGUAAAGUUGUGUGAAAAAGCACAGGCUGUAACAUUACUGCUCUCCUGUCUUGUUUUGUGGUGCUGAGCAGAGAGCUCCACUAAAAAUAACUAUAAUGCAUCUCUGAAUUUGCUCUCGCUGUUUCUCCCUGCUACAGUCUCUCUCUGUGUUUUUCGGCUAAAACUGUUGUGCAGAUUUUACACCUGCUUUUCUCAGAUGUUAAAUUUAAGAUGCAAUGUUCAUCUGCUGAAGUUGGUCAGUCUACGGUGACUAAUCAGCUGUUAUUUGUGCUUUUCCUUCUCCUAUAUUUUGCUUCUCUGGCUCUGAGUAUGUGCUGCGUGAAAUGAAACAAGCAAAAUUUUCAGCUGUGCCACUUUUCUUCCAUUUUACAGAUGCGAAACCUAAGUGAGGUCCUUUAUUAGGCUUAAAUAACACAACAGAAAAACACAUUGUAACACUCCCAUCAGCUGUACUUUGUGUUUAGUGCUUAGCAAAUAUUGACAUGCUAACGCACUAAACUCGCAAACGUUAUACCUGCUAAAUGACAACAUUUAGCGUUGUCAUUGUGAGCAUGUUAGCAUGAUCAACGUACCACUGUGCCAAAGUGCAGCCUCACAGAGGAAGCACGGCUUUAAUCUUGUUCCUGCUAUGAACAAGUCAAAAUGUCUGCCUAGAGAGAGGCCUAUUUUGUAAUAUUUUAGCCAGGUUUGUGUAUUAUUUGUGCAGUUUUUCACAUAUUUGCAUUAAAUGUUUGGGUUAUUAACAAGAAUUAAUAUUAUUAAAGUGUUAAUAAAUUAAUAAAGAGUACAGUAUGAUUACUGAUAUCAAUUAUUAAUUCAUUCAUUUCUAAAUUUCUACUUUUGAAGGAUGAAAUGUUUUUGGGUUUUUUUUGCUUUAACACACUCUAGUAGUUCUGACAUUGAAACAGUUUAGUCUGUUAAAAUGUGGCAGCAUCACAUGUAGCACAAACCUGUAAUCAUCAUGUAUACGAGGAUUUAUGUUGCUGCUUUGUUGCUCUUUGUUGCUAUAAUUUCAGCCUGCAGUUACCUUUUCACAGCCCAGCAGUAGAUCAACCUUGAGACUGUCAUUUGCCCACUCUGCCCUGACUACUUAACACAAAGAAACAGGAACUCAGUAAUACGCUUUCUAAACAAAUCCAGCUGAAAGCUGUUAUGCCAUUAACUUCACUGCAGUUACGCUUGUUCAGUGUGGGUAUUUACAUGUUUGUGAACUGUUUGCACUGCUUGAACUCUUCAAUUGUAUAGUGUUUGUAAUAUUUGUACACUUUACGGUUGUUUUGUUGCUCCAGUCCUACUUGUAAUAUUGCAAAUGUGGACAUAUACAGUAAUAUUCUGUCUGACGUCUUACCCAUAUUUGUAUGAUAUUUGAAUGUUUCUUCAUACUUGUAAUGUUUAUUUUUUUUCAUGAAAAUUUGCUGAUUUUAGGGGCCACCCUGGAGUCUAUUCUGUGAUGAUGUGGCCAAAGACAAUUGUCCUGUCAGUUAGUUCAUGAAUUGUCUAGCAUUUAUUUAUUUAUUUAACCACUAAUUCUACAAACUGAUGUAUCCUCAACUAAAUCAGAGAGCUGUGAUUUAGUUGUGCUGUGAAUUUAUCCUUUUAGUGAUUUUUUUCCUCUCCUCUGUGUUCUAAUGAAGCAACCCGAAAAAGUUUAUUUUUCUAACACUCACAGAUGUCUCUUGUGACAUUGAAAUGAUGUUAAAAUGUGUUUCUAUAAUGUACAGAAAUUGAAAAUGUAAAACAAAAGAUCUAUGAUAAUGACACUGAGGUAUCAUAUGCAUCAGUUUUAACUGAGAAUAACUGAGAAUAACUGUUAAAUGGAUAUCUUAUGAUUCAUUCUCAACAUUUAAUAUGCUUAAAUAUUCUCAUAUUUGUAUUCAGUACACAGUCUCAUUCUCUGAUGAUUCAACAGCUGAAUAAAUGGAAAGAAAUAAAAUUCCCACGCAGCACUGAAUCAGCUUUAUCUAAUUUCUUAAAGUGCUUUAACAGCUUCAUGCAUGUUAAUGAUUUGUCUGCUGCUCUCACUUUUUAUAGAGCUCAUUGUAUCAUGGCAUCAAUUAGAAAUUUCCAGUGUUUAUGAGUAUGGAAGGAAAAAGUGACUACAGCUGGGUCAGUGCAGGACUGUAUUAUCUGAGUAGUGAUAAACUCUACUCUUAAAAAAAAUGUAAGUCAGAUAUUAUUAA